UAUCAGUAAGAUAUAUGGAGAUACAACUUAAACAUCAGGAAGAAGAGGGUAAGCGAUUUAGCGAAGACAUGGGUACUGAUGACUAUAAAAAACACAAUAACAAAAUGAGAUUUUUAGAUGAGAAAUGUAAUGAAUUCUUCUAUGAACUAGUAGAAGUAAAAAGAUGCAUGUUACGAAAUAAAUUAAUCAGAAAAGGAGAAAGAGGCGAUGUAUUAAAUCGUAUUAAUCAUGUUAAUAAGAGUGAGUGGUUGUAUCCCUGGUCAGGAUACGAAAUAGAGGAAACAAUUAAUCCUAUAGAUUAUGAACUUAAUAUAAUUUUCGACGAGACAGAGAUUUGA